AUGGAGGUGCAGGCUGAACUCCGGCCAAUCCCGGGAUAUUACUGUUGCUACCUUCUCCGCUCAACCGUCCGACACGCCUCACUCUACAUUGGAUCCACGCCAAACCCAAUUCGGCGACUUUCUCAGCACAAUGGGGAUGCCAAAGGCGGAGCCAAGCGAACGGCUCGCGACCAACUACGACCAUGGGAGAUGGUCUUAGUCGUCGAGGGUUUUAUGAGCCGCGUAGGAGCUCUCCAAUUUGAAUGGGCCUGGCAACAUCCCGACAGAACGAGACAUAUUAUUUCAGAUGAUGAUGAUCAUCCAUCUCAGCCAAAGGUCAUUGUGAACCCAAAGACUGGGAAAACAAAACCACGCCCCGGUCGCUCUAGGAGGUCUUUGACGGCACAUCUAGAGGACCUACAUACCCUACUGCGAUCGGGCUAUUUCUCUACGUGGCCUCUACGUGUGCGUUUCUUCCGCGCAGAUGUCUAUCGCGUCUGGAGGGUGUGGAAUGACCGCGUCGAUGCGCCUUUUCCCGCGGACAAGGUCAUCCUGGAUGGAGAUUGCUCAAUGCAAGGUAGCGUCAAUAACAAUCAAAGAGUGGGUCACAUUCAAAAUCUUUCAAUUGACUACACACCACUCGAAAAUUAUCUUGAGAAGUCGAUGUUCAUUUUGGAUGAUUCAGAUGAGCUGCAAUGUCAGAUAUGCAAAGUGCAAGUUGAGCCCAGCACGCAACAGGUCGUGAUGUGUCCACACAGUUUGUGCCGAGGCACCAGUCAUCUAUUGUGUCUAUCUACCCAUUUUCUCACUGCAGGUGACGUCCCGGGUGCCCUUGUGCCGACACAGGGCAAUUGUCCAGCAUGCAAAGAAAUUGUGGAAUGGCCAAUCUUGAUGCAAGAGCUGAGUCUUCGAAACCGAGCUGAGAAGGAAGCCCGAACGAUUCUGCGCAGGAAAGACAGGCGGAAGAAAUUGGCGAAAAAUUCGAGCAGCCAAGCCAGCCCUAAGAAAUCAACCAGCACGCGAGACGUCUCCAUCGAGCCAACGUGCUCUAUAACCGAGAAUGACCCCUUAUUGGACGAUGAUUGGUGUGAAAAAGUAGAGCUGGAGUCAGAUACAGAGUUUAGCAGUGGGAAACACACUGGAUUAUCCUCACGGCCCACCAGAUUGGAAGUCGUGAUUGAAGAUAGCGACUGGGAUGAUGCGGAACUUGUGGAAUGA